AUGUAUCCGGUUCUUUUAAGGCAAGGACUUGCUUUUCGUGGACAUGAUGAAAGCUAUGACUCACUUAAUCGAGGAAACUUCCUUGAGGCUUUAAGGUUACUUGCCAAUAAUAAUGACAAAAUUGCCAAAGUAAUGUUGCAAAAUGCACCUGAAAAUCACCAAAUGACUGCCCCUUGCAUUAAAAAAGAUAUAGCUAAUGCAAUUGCAAGUGAGGUAACCCAAGUAAUAAUUAAUGAUCUUGGUGAAGAAUUAUUUGGAAUAAUAGUUGAUGAGUCGAGAGAUAUAUCAGUUAAAGAGCAGAUGAUUGUGUUUAUUCGGUAUGUGCAUUCAAGUUGGCAUAUUGUUGAGCGUCUUCUUGGCAUUACUCAUGUUUGUGACACUACUUCUAUGUCUCUUAAAGUAGCCAUUGAAAAUCUUCUAACAAGGCAUGGAUUAAGCAUUUCAAGAAUAAGAGGUCAAGGCUAUGAUGGAGCAAGUAAUAGGCGAGGUGAGUUUAAUGGUCUUAAGACUUUGAUUAUGAAUGAGAAUCCAAGUGCAUUUUAUGUUCAUUGUUUCGCUCAUCAAUUACAACUUGCACUUGUGGGUGUUGCAAAGGAAAAUGAAGAAGUUGGAAAUUUCUUUUUCACUGUCUCGCAAUUGUGCAAUAUUGUUUGUGCUUCAUUUAAGCGCAUGGAUAGCUUACGAGACAAACAAUUAAAGAUGUUGAUUGAUUCAAUUUCUGAGGAUACAAUUGAAACGGGAACUGGUUUGAAUCAAGAAGAGCUAAACAACCGUUUCAAUGAGAAGAAUACAGAGUUGCUCUUAUGUGUGACAUGUUUUGAUCCAAAGAAUUCAUUUGUUAAGUUUGAUAAGGAUAAAUUAGUUCGAUUGACACAGUUCUAUCCAAAUGAUUUUUCUGAUAUUGAACUUCAAGUACUAGAUAACCAACUACAGACUUAUUUUGUUGAUGUAACUUAUGAUCCCGCUUUCUCUAAAUUGGAUGGUAUUGAUGAAUUAGCUCAAAAAAUGGUGGAAACGGGAAGACAUUUGGAUUAUACGUUGGUGUAUUUGCUUCUAAAGUUGUCUUUGGUCCUACCGGUUGCAACUGCUAGUGUGGAAAGAGCAUUUUCUGCUAUGAAGUUAAUCAAGACAUCUUUUCGCAACCGGAUGGGCGAUGAUUUACUAAAUGAUUGCUUAGUGCCAUAUGUUGAAAAAGAUAUUUUUAAUCAAGUUUCAAAUGAAGCAGUUCUACAACGAUUUCAACAUAUGAGAGAGCGUAGAGGAAUAUUAUCCCGUAGUUCAUCAUAA